AUGGAUCUUCUUAAGGACGCAGCAAAGAACAUUUCCUUGUACGAUGUUAAGGCAUACGUCCGGAAGGCACAAAAUGUCGCCAUGAAUUUGACCGAAAUGGAAGCUAAGGUCCGUGAGGCCACCAACAACGAACCCUGGGGUGCUCCAUCAACCCUCAUGGCUCAGAUCGCUGCAGGUACAUACAACUACAGAGAGAGAGAGGAAAUUAUCGGGUUCAUUUUCCGUAGAUUUACCGAAAAGGCAGCCAAUGAAUGGAGACAAAUCUAUAAAUCCUUGCAAUUGUUGGACUACUUGAUCAAGAAUGGAGCAGAAAGACUUAUAGAUGACGUUAGGGCCAACUUGACCCUUAUCCAGAUGUUGAAAAGUUUCCACUACAUUGAUUCUAAGGGCAGAGAUCAGGGGAUAAACGUUAGAAACAGAGCUAAGAACUUAAUUGCAUUUUUGAAUGACGAUUCAAUGAUUCGCUCUGAGAGAAAGAAGGCAAGAGCCAACGCCAAGAAGUUUGGUGGUGUUUCUUCUGCUGCCUUUGGUGGUGCAUCCUCAAUUACCCAAAACGAAGGGUUUGAAGACGGGGACUUCACCAGUAAGGUCUACGGGGAUGGUGGUGUUUACGGUGAAAGAUACGACGAUUCUGCUGCUGGGUUCAGCAAUGGGCAAACUGGUGCCAGUGGCUCCACUGAAUAUGAAGAAUACGAUCCAACUCCAUCUUCCUCCUCAUCUUCAAGGCCAACAACCGGUUCCAGUAAGGUAAACGCCCACUCGUCUAACUCCAAACCACAACCACAAGAACAAGACUUAUUAGGAGACUUGUUAUCGUUCGAUCAACCACAAAAUGGAAACGGCCAUUCUUCUUCUGCAGCAGCUGCACCAGCAGCAGCCGACGAUGAUGAAGACGAUGACUUUGACGAUUUCCAGGCUGCCCCAUCCCAGCCCCAAAAGCCUAACUUUGCUAAUUUAUAUAACCAACAACAACAACCACAACAAACCUCUCCACAACGACAACCAACCUACACCGGAAUCAAUUCAUCUUUCAAUUCCACCGGCCCAGCCAAGCCAGCUAACAAUGACGCAUUUUCGUCGCUAUUUUCUUCUGCAAAGACCAAGUCUACUACUACCUCCACCAACAACACCACUACUAAAAAGCCAUCCGGUCCAAUAACUUCAAGCGCAUCUACAGCUACAACGAAUGACGAUGAUUUCUUUGGCGACUUCAAUUCUGGUUCAAGCAACACCACCACCAGAAAUAACAACAACACCAACAGCAACACCAAUAACACCAACAACAACGGUAACUCUGGAGAAGUUGAUUUACUUAGUUUCUAA